CCGGAGGCCGAGACACUCGCGGCCCGGAGCGGUGAGGUCCCGCAGAGCGGCGCUGCCGAGGCUGCAGUCGUCUCCAGGUCGGACACCAGAGACGAGAAACUAGCCCUGUAUCUGGCCGAGGUGGAGCGGCAGGACAAGUACCUGCGACAGAGAAAUAAGUACCGGUUUCACAUCAUUCCCGACGGCAACUGCCUCUACCGAGCGGUGAGCAAGACGGUGUACGGGGACCAGAGCCUGCACCGGGAGCUGCGGGAACAGACGGUGCACUACAUCGCUGAUCAUCUCGACCACUUCAGCCCCCUGAUAGAGGGCGACGUGGGGGAGUUUAUCAUCGCUGCUGCUCAGGACGGGGCAUGGGCCGGGUACCCGGAAUUGCUGGCCAUGGGGCAGAUGCUGAAUGUGAAUAUACACUUAACUACUGGAGGGAGGUUGGAGAGCCCCACGGUGUCUACCAUGAUUCACUACUUGGGCCCUGAGGAUUCCUUAAGGCCUAGUAUUUGGCUCAGUUGGCUCAGUAAUGGACAUUAUGAUGCGGUGUUUGAUCACUGCUAUCCUAAUCCAGAGUAUGACAAUUGGUGCAAACAGACUCAAGUGCAAAGGAAACGCGAUGAAGAACUUGCCAAAUCCAUGGCCAUAUCCCUCUCCAAAAUGUAUAUUGAACAAAAUGCAUGCUCCUGAAGUGUCUGAAAACCUACACCCUGGGAAAAGUGCAUACGUAAUUUGUGUUUGGAGAAUUAUAUGAACUCUAAUCAGGGUAAUAGCACUUUUAAACUUCCUGGUAGAUUUACUGUAGGUGUAUUGCCUUAAUCUUUUUUUUUUUCCCCCCCCGAAUGUUUUCUCAGAGCUGAAGGUUGCUGGGCACCUAAAUGAUGUUUCAUGAUAGCUUUGGGUGAUCCUACUGCUAUUUAUAAUUUGCUGUAUAAAAUUAGCACUACUUAAUUUGCAAGCUGAUUUCUCACAGUGAAAAUUUGUUCAUUCCUGGUAAUCUAUUUUCUAUAAAAAUGUAUUUUUGCACAACAUUUAAAAAAUUGGUGUAACUUCAUGUAUGACGUGUUCCAUUUUGACAAACAGCUUUCCGGCAUAAACCCAGAGAAGUGCUUUAUAUAUGAAGUUUAUUAUUUUGAACAGAGUUUGUGAUUUAGAAGUUAUUUUAUGUUGUUGAAUUUUACAGUUAGAUAAUUAUUUCAAAUGAACAUUGAUGCAUUCAUGUUACCAGAUGAUUGGCCCAUUCCAUUUUGAUGAAACAGAUUUGUUGUUUUGGAAAUCAUUAUUUUUUUUAGAAAUGGUCAACCUUUUAAAGAGAAAUUCUUAAGAGAAGAUUGUGGGAAGAGUUUUGUUUUGUUUUUUUUUAAGGGGUAGUACCAGCUCUUACUUGAAUGAAAGCCUGAUAUUUGCUGAUGGCAGAGUGAUUAUUCUGUACUCUGGUUGAUGUUGAGUAGUUCGGUGCUCUCAGUUUUUAUUUAUAUUUGUCAUUUUGUUAUAAAAGAAUUUUAACAUGGUAUCAAGCUUUGUGAUAAGCCUCCUGCUUUAUAUAAUAAUUUCUUGGAUUCAACUAAGAUUUGAAAACUAAUAGGAUUGAUGCCUCAGACCAACCUCGGCAGUUAUUUUAUAGCAGGAGAAUACUGUCAAUAUUCUAUUCCUUUUAAAUUCAAAAGAUGAAAUAGGAUCGCCCUGUAUUAUGUACAAAUAAAAAUGUUUGUAAACAGAGCUUGUAUGGUUUGCUGGGUCAAACAGUGUUCCCAACCUAAAAUCUCUCAUUUCCACUUUAACUACUUUUAGUCAUAUUUAUUAAGUAAUGCAGUUUGUACUUUUUUAUUUUGUAACAUUUUGUGAUUUUUUUGUACAAUACUGUAUUUGUACAAUAGAGCGAUUCUCAGCUGAUGGAAUGAGUGAAUAAAAUGCAUAAUUUUACUUUUA